AUGGAAGAGUCGAGUAUUGGAAACCCGACUGCCAAAGAUACAACCAAGAUUAAGGUUACUGGAAAUGAUCAGAAGCUAUCUUUGUAUCCAUUCACUUCUGUUCUGAAAACUGAUAACUGGUCUGGUCCUCGGUACUUUUUUCGUUUCACUGAUUUUAAAUUUGUGUUGAGUAAAAAAGUUGAAGUUAAUACUCCAAUAGAUUUUAUCGGUUAUGUGGUUGUCUCUUAUCCUAUUGAAGAUGCAAAUAGGAAGGAUGGCUCUAAAACCAAACGAAUGAAUAUAACUCUCAAAGAUCUCGAAGAUCAGAAGAUUGGUCUUACAUUCUGGGAAGACUAUGCAGUCACUUUGUCAAAGUACAUAAAUGAUAAAGACCGUCCUGCUCAUGUUGUUAUUCUUGUGCAUUUUGGCACAGUAAACAUUUAUCAAUGUAAAGUUGGCCUUACUAAUAUGUUUGAGGCAAGUCGUGUCUUCAUAAAUUCUGAUCUCGAUGAGAUAAAAGAGUUCAAAGACAGGUAUCUUGAGAAGGAGUUUUCUAAAUCAUCUUCCAGUAAACAGUCAUGCUCUCAAGUGAUAUCCAAUGCAGAAGAUGAGUUUCUUAAUGCUGAAGACUUUGUGUUGACCGCUUUUAUUGCUUCAAUUGAUCAGCAAAUUGAAGAGAAAUCUCAAUUGGUUGAGAAAGAUGACGGCAGUUUUGAUGUUUUGGAUGAGAAGACUUUUGAGUGUAUAAACCCUGAUUGUGAGGCUGUUGACGUUGUUCCUGUUUAUCGUUAUAAGAUACCUCUAAGGGUUCAGGAUUCGACAGGGACUGUUUCUUGUACGUUGUUUGAUUAUGAAGCUAUUAAGCUUAUUAAGAAAACCGCCAAAGAACUGCUUGAUGUUUACUCAAAGCUUGACAGUUCCACCGAAGGAGCCUUUCAGUCACUUCCAUCUGAGUUUGAUAUGUUGAUCAACAAAAAGUUUGCCUUUCAAAUCAAAAUUUCCAGUUUUAACAUUUCUAACCAGAUAGAAAACUAUGGAAUUUCAAUGUUAACUUCUGAUGAGGACAUACUUUCCGCUCUGGAGAAUAAAUGGAAAAUUAAUGAGUCUGAUUUGUCUGAGUCGAAUGUUCAAUGCUUGUCUGAUUCUGUUGGAAAUGUUAAAUGUCUAUCAAAGGAGUCUUAA